UCUAAUGAGUGUAAAUAGAAGUGUACUCAGAGGAGACACAGAAUGGCAAAGCCAUGAUGAAGUGUUAGGGCAUGUUGAGUUGGUUCUGUCAAUGCCUGCAGUCAGAUGAUUUCACUGGCUGUGCAAGAUGAAAUCUCAUAUUUCAAUGUUUAAGUAAAAGUGUCAAAGUUCAGCUGGAGCAGGGGAGAAUACAGAGCAAAUUUUGUGUGUGUUUGUAACUAGGGCACCAGAACAACAGAGGAAGCCAAAAUGAACCGGAAAAACAAAAGGAGUUUAAAGGAGAAAUUUUCCUUGAGGAACAGCUUGGUUAAAGAAGCCCUCUCAGAGUUCCUGGGAACUUUUAUAUUGAUAGCCCUGGGGUGUGGGUGUGUGGGACAGGCUGUCCUCAGCCGAGGAGUCCACGGUGGGCCCAUGACAGUGUCCAUUGGAUUUGCAAUGGCAGUGACCGUAGCAGUGUAUGUCACUGGGGGUGUUUCUGGUGGUCACAUAAACCCAGCUGUUUCAUUAGCUAUGUGCGUGACUGGAAGAUUAAAAUGGACCAAAUUACCAAUUUACAUAUUAGCACAACUCCUGGGAGCAUUUGUUGGAGCAGCGGCUGUCUUUGGGAUUUAUUAUGAUGCCUUUAUGGAUUACAGCAAUGGGAAACUUGAAGUCACAGGACCUAAUGCAACAGCACAUAUCUUUGCAACAUACCCAGCUCCAUAUCUGUCCCUCAUAAACGGAUUUGCAGAUCAGGUGAUGUCAACAGCUGUUCUUCUUCUGGCUAUAUUUGCUAUUUUUGACACUAAAAAUAACAGCGUCCCGAAGGGCCUGGAACCAAUUGCAGUAGGACUUCUUAUAAUUGUUCUUACGUGCUCCUUGGGGAUGAACAGUGGCUGUGCCAUGAACCCAGCCAGGGAUCUGGGCCCAAGGCUCUUCACAGCCGUUGCAGGGUGGGGGAUGGAAGUAUUCACGGCUGGUAAUAAUUGGUGGUGGGUCCCUAUAGUUGCACCUCUGCUGGGAGGUGUAGUUGGAGCAAUGACCUAUAUUAUUUUUAUUGAAAUGCAUCACUCAGAUCCUCAGUCAGGAGGAGAAAACGAAGUGCGUGACAAGUAUGAACUGACUAAUAUGGAGUAAGAAAGGAAGAAUUUUCUCUGUCAUUUUGUUGUGCAGUUUUUGUGCAAAUGGUUGUUUGGACCAUUUUAUAAAACGUGUAUGCCUCAAUUAAAAAUUUACCUUUCAAAGCACAGAUUCUACUUAGAACUCAAAAUUGAACUCUUUCCAUAAAACUUUGGGCUGAUCACAUUCAAAACUGGGAAUUUAGGUAUGAGAAGGGUAAAUUGUUGUUCUUUUCAUAGGGCUUUCAGAUCAAGUUAUCCCCUAGAUGCACUUGUAGUGAAAUGAUGCACUGACCUGUUAAUUCAACACAUAUGAUCCUAAUCAUGUUGCCUAAUUAACUGAAAAUAGAUGAGAUAUUGAUACGAAACUGCAUGCAUUGCUAGUUAAUUGAUUCAGUGCUGAAUUAAUGUGCAAGGGCAUUGCUCACUUCUUAAGAAUGGCUUGCCUGAACAUUAAAAACAAUACUCAAAUUGCCUAAAUGUCAAAUGAAACAGUUUUGGAUAACUUAGUAAAUUUUUAUGGAGCCAUUAUUGAACAGCAAGGAAUCAACUCAGCAGUGGUGAAGCUCAGUAACUCAGAAUAUGAUAACAAAAGGUAAAAACUGUGUGUUACAAGAUAAACGCCAAAGAGGCAAAGCUGUAACUUCUUCAUGGCAGUAAUGUUCAGAUAUUUUUAGACUAUUUACUUGACCUUUAAGCUACCCAAUAUUAAAAGCCUAGCAUAGAAUAUUAAUCUGAACCUAUUCUGCUGUGCUUUCUGGAUAAAAUUCAUUCCUGUGGAGAUGACCCAGCAACAGAGGCUUACUCUGUGCAGAGGUCAGCACAAGGCCCAUGUCUGGAUGAGCUUUAUAGAGUCCUGCUGCUGCUGAUUUACACAGGGGGAUUUUGUCUGCAUUGUGGGAGUAAUUUUUAAUUUGGUAGAAGUAAUUAAAAAUAGAAACUGGUCUCAGACCUAGUCCUAGAUCUAAAUUCCCCAAGGAAGGCCAGAUCCACAUUAGAGUUCUGAAGUUUGGGUUCUCUCUCGCUAAGUGGUUGGACAUACACCACUUCCUAAAUAUCCAGCCUUGAAAAUGAAAUUAUUUCUGCUUAAUCCUUGUGAAUUGAAUGUAUUCAAUUAAAUCAAAGUUCAUUUCUAAUAUGUAUACAUCUAUACCUGCUUGGUGGUGGUGAUCAUGAAUAAACAGACAUCCUGUUCAGCA